AUGUCAAAAAAUAAAGAAACUGAAGAAAUAAAAAAAAAUGUUAACGUUGGCAAUUAUAAUUUAGGUGUUGUAAUUGGUAAAGGUGGUUUUGGUACUGUAUAUCAAGGUCUAGAUAUUGAAGAUGGUGAUUUUGUGGCCAUUAAACAGAUUAACCUUACUAAAAUUCCCAAAGAUCAACUACAGGGUAUUAUGAACGAAAUUGAUCUUUUAAAGAAUCUUAAUCAUGCAAAUAUUGUAAAAUAUAUUAAAUACGUUAAAACUAAAGAAAAUUUAUAUAUCGUUUUAGAGUAUGUAGAAAAUGGUUCAUUAUCAAGUUUAAUUAAAAAGUUUGGUAAAUUCCCAGAAUCAUUGGUUUGCGUUUAUAUUAGGCAAGUUUUAGAGGGUUUGGUUUAUCUUCACGAACAGGGUGUCGUCCAUAGAGAUAUUAAAGGUGCAAAUAUUUUAACAACCAAAGAGGGUAAAAUUAAAUUGGCAGAUUUUGGUGUUGCUACAAAAUUUGAUGAUUCAUCAGCAGCAGCAGUAGUUGGUACACCAUAUUGGAUGGCGCCAGAAAUUAUUGAAUUAAAUGGUGCAACUACAAAAUCAGAUAUUUGGAGUGUUGGUUGUACAGUUAUAGAGUUAUUAACAGGUUCACCACCAUAUUACGAUUUAGGACAAAUGCCAGCACUUUUUAGAAUUGUACAGGAUGAUUGUCCACCACUUCCAGAAGGUAUUUCACCACCAUUAAAAGAUUGGUUAAUGCAAUGUUUUCAAAAGGAUCCAAAUCUUCGUAUUUCAGCACAAAAACUUUUAAAGCAUAAAUGGAUUCAAGCAAGUAUUAAAAAGAAACAACAAAAUGAAGAUACAUCCCCAGCAAAUAUUGAUGAUAUCGCUAAAAAUAUUCAAGAUUACAAUGAAAGAAUUAAUAAAAAACCAUCUCAUCAAAGAAAACCUUCAAUUCAUCCCAAAUCUCCAAAAGGUAAAGUCUUCCUUCCACCACCAGAAGAGGAUGAAGAUGAAUGGGGCGAUGAUUUUUCAAAUACACCAAAAUCAAUAAAAUUACCAGAUAAGAAAUCACCAUUAAAGACCAAGGCACCAGCACAACAAUCACCAUUAAAAUUACCAAACAACAAUAACAACAAUAAUAAUAAACCAGCUGCUGGUGGUCUUAAAUUAACUCCAAAAAUUGUUGCACCAGAAGUUGAUGAUGACGAUUGGGGCGAUGAUUUCGGAACAAAUACAGUUUCAGAUUUAUCAAAAGCAGUGUCAAGUUUAAAGAUCAAAGGAGAUGGUGCAGGUGGGGAAGACGACAAAGGUUUUAUUGAGGACGAUGAAGACGAUGACGAUGGAUUUGGUGAUGAUUUCGAUAGUGUACCAACAUCAAUUAAAUUAAACCCAAAAUUUGGAUCCAAUAUAAAAUCAACAUCAUCAGGAGCAGCUGCAUCAGCCUCAGGAAACAAUAGUGCAUCAAAUAGUGGUAAAUUUGGUUCAAGUAAAAGCAAUUCAAAAACCCCAUUAUCACCAAGAGGUACUGGUACAACAGGAUCUAAUUCAUCAUCAAACGCAGCAACAAUCAAUAAAGGUAUGAUUGAUCAAUGGGGUGAGGAUAAAGACGAUGAAGGUUGGGGAGAUGUCGCAACUGUACAUUUUGAUCCAAAAUUAAUUAGAAAAGGAUCAGUUAAUAAACCAGAUCUUUCAACUCGUUUAAAGAAUAGAUUAGCAGUAUCAUCAGAAAGCAGUUCAAUUAAUGAUGAAGAAGAUGACGAUCCAUUUGCAGAUGAUUUCGAAGAAGAAGAGGACGAUUUUGAUUUAGAUAAGAAUCUUAUGAAGGAUAAUUAUGCAAGAAUGUCAGCAGAUAUCAUCAAACUUAUGAACCUUUUAACACCAGAGCAACCAGAGGAUGUUAUUUCUGGUGCAUGCGAACAAUUAAUUUCAAUGUUUAAAGAAAACUCUGAACAAAAGACCCUCUUAAUUAGAAGACAUGGUGUUAUUCCAAUUAUGGAGAUGUUAGAGGUAUCAAAUAUUCAAUCACAUGUUCUCUGUAGUAUUCUUAAGGUCGUAAAUCAAAUUAUCGAUAAUAAUAUGGAAAUUCAAGAAAAUCUUUGUUUGGUUGGUGGUAUCCCAGCUAUUAUGAAAUUCUCUGGUCCAGAAUAUCCACCAUCAGUUCGUUUAGAAACUGCUGCCUUCAUUAGUAAAAUGUGUAGUACAUCAACUCUUACUCUUCAAAUGUUUAUCGCUUGUAAAGGUCUCCCAAUUCUUGUUGACUUUCUUUUAUCACCAUAUUAUGAAAGUAAAAAAUUGGUUUGGAUGGCCAUUGAUGCAAUUGUCAAUGUUUUCGAAUUACAAAGUCCAACACCAAAGAAUGAUUUCUGUCGUCUCUUCUCAAAAUGUGGUUUAUUAAAAACCUUACCAAUUGUAUUAAGAGACACCAUUGCCGAUGGUGAAGCCUCCCAAUAUCCAGAUAAAAUUAUUAAUCUUUUCAUCUUGUUCUCUAGUGCCGACAGUGUCGUAAGAAGAUCAAUGUCUGCUGUAGAGGUUAUCAGACCAAUCCUCGAUUCACUCUCACAAUUAAUGCCAGAGCAAUUGGUUAAGGUACUCAAAUCAAUAAAACAAAUCUCUAUGGAUCACAACACUUUAGCAAAUCUUCAAAAUGCUGGUGCUAUUCGUGUUAUGGUACCAUUUUUAGGUCGUCGUACUGGUACUCACUGUGCCGAAAUUCAUAAUCAUGUUUUAAAUACAAUGUUCCAUUUGUGUCGUAUUGAUGCAGAGCGUCAAUAUCAAGCCGCACUCGAUGGUAUUAUCCCACAUUUACAAUACUUUAUCACUACCCAUUCACCACUUAAUCAAUUUGCUCUUCCAAUUAUUUGCGAUCUUGCACAUUCAAAGAAAGCAAGAGCCGAGCUUUGGAAACACAAUGGUGUCGAAUUUUAUCUCUCACUUUUAGAAGAAAGAUAUUGGCAAGUUAAUGCUUUGGAUUCACUCGCUGUUUGGAUUGCUGAUGAUACCCACAAGGUCGAAAAUAUUGUAUCUAAACCUGAAAAUAUUAAAAAACUCGUUCACUUAUUUACAAAUGCAGAGUCACAAUCAUUUGCAGGUAUUCUCGAACCAUUAUUAAGAAUUAUUCAAAUUGCUAUCCCAGUCAAUAUGUUAUUAGGUACCUCUAACUUUGUCUCUAAAAUUAUUGAUAAGCUUACCCAUACAAAUCCACAAGUUCGUUUAAAUCUCCUAAAAAUUAUAACUUCAUUAUAUGAAGCUCAUCCAAAUGCCAAGAAGAUGAUUCAAGACUUUAAACUUAUUCCAGUUAUUCAAAGAAUCGCAGAUACUGAUAAAUCUGUUUUGGUUCAAAAAAUGGCUAGUAAAUUAUUAGAAGCUUUUAAUGCAAAUAAUGUUAUUUAAUAAUCAGAAAGAGGUAAAAAAACAAAAAAAAAAAAAAAAAAAAAAAAAUUGAAACAUUAUAAAAAAAUAAUGAAUCACACACCAACAAAAUCACACAAUAUAUACAAUUGUUAAUAAUAGUUGAUAAUAGUAUAAAUAGUAAAAUAUAAAAUUUAAAAGUAUAUAUAUAAAAUUUAACUGUAUAAUUAUUUAAAUAAAAAUAUAAAAUCCAAACAAACUC